ACACGUCAUGGUUUUGACGGCUUGCCUUGCUUGAUCGCGAUUCAACUUCAACAACAGCGCAGGUGGUGGGCACGUGAGUAGAUAGAACUAUGGGCGACUUUCUCUCCUUUCCUUCCUUCCUUUCCUUUUUCUUUCCCUCGGGUUACGCCAUGUCGGAGUCCGUGACGUCUGCCGUUUCCUCGUCUUCCUCUUCUGGUUCGGGCUCGUCGAACAACAGCGGGGGUGGGAAUGGGAAAGAGCUGUCGUAUCCGGAAAGGGCGGCCCGAGAGCGCUUCGUUCUUUGCGUCGACCCAGCGGGGAAUCCCAGCUCUCUCUCGGAGCGCGUAGCGAGCGUGGGUAUUGACGUCGGUCAAUAUCCCGCACCGCACACGUUGAAGGACGAGGAAGGUUGGGCAACUUUGGAGGCCCAUGGCCUUUUCGUGCGGGAAGCAUUUGGAAAUCUUUCCGACUACGCUUUGCGUCUCGUUACACGCUUUGUUCACCCAGACGAGCAUGAGAAAGGCACCCUUCCCCUGCGGUCCGAUCUCUCCACCGACGAACUGGGAACUCUGGAAAGGUGCUUGCUGGCUGAACCCCUGUUUGGGGGACCCUGGCCUCCAAAGUCCGCCGGCUAUCGCAAGUCGGAGCCAAAUCUUACGCAGCACAUCACCAGCGUGCUGCAGUCCAUUUUUCAGGUUCCCGGAGCGGGAUUUGUAGAUUUUUACCCACUCGCGCAAGAAAAGGCGUUGGUCCCAUGCUCGUGCGUCCCCGGCAUGCGUCAGAUGCAGCCGGAUUUCACAGUAUAUUUGUCGCGGUCUUACUGUCUCGGGGAUGAGAAGUACAGACCUUCGUGCGUGAUUGGUGAAUUCAAAGGCGAUGUCGAACCUACCGUCGCGGAACCCCAACUUGCGAUGUAUCUAGCGGGCCAAGCGGUUAUGUUGCUGACUGCGGGCGUCCCUUUAGAGGACGUCUGUGUCAUGGGCUUCACGCUCGGAAAAUGGCGUGCGGUCUUCGGCGCAAUGACGUUGCGCACCAUAGCCGCUCCGGAUCCGAACACCUCAAUUCGGUUUCAACUCGUGUACACGUGACUGUACAAUGGGGUCCUGGAUUUGGAGAACCGCGCAUCGGCUAUUCACGCUGCCUGCAUUUUCAUUGCGGCUAAGCGCUGGGCAGGUCGUUUGAAGGAACUUGUCCAAGGCCGUGCCAUUGAUAUCAAGGCAGCGGCCGACCACUAUGAAGAUGAGGACGAUGACCCCGAAACCGACGAGUUCGCGGUUGGUGUUUGGCAGAGCCGAGACCGUCGUCUCGACACGUCCUUUUUCACCCCACUCGAAGGUGCAGGAAUGGAUUGGUACAGUCACCUCGCAAAACUCUGUGCCCCCCCUCUAAUUGAAAUCAACAUUGGUCACUCACGUGAAUUUGGC